GGAGGAAUCUGGCGGUGAUUGAUGGGAAAAUGGAAGAAUGAAUAAAAGUGCUUGUCUGGGGACAGCGGAGACCGAGUCCCUCAGGGUUUGGUCAGAGCCAGGCGCGCUGCAGUUGGGCGGUGGAGAGGGGCUCCACUCCCUGGGCAGGCUGCAAGCCCGCUGCCCGCCCAGCGCGCUCUGCGUCCGACACUGGGGUCCGUGCUGGUCACCCACGCCUGGGGCGUCCCAUCCGCAAGACAGAAAACAGCGGAGCGGCCACCAGACACCCACUGGAGCAAGCGGCGGCAUGCAGUCGCCGCCAAGUCUGUGCGGACUCGCCCUGGCGGCGCUGGUUUUUGCCUGCACUUCGGCGGGGGUCUGGGGAGAGGAGAAAGGAUUCCCCCCUGCCUGGACCACUCCAAGGCUUCUGGAGACCGGACAGAGAAUAACGCCAUCUACGAAGACCUCCUGGCUGAGAAGCUCCAACUCCAGCCUGCCAGAGUCCUCGGCACCUGCAGAGGUACCUGGAAAAGGGCAGACGCCUGGGGGCCCCCCGCGUCCCCCCUCUGCUUCACAGUGCCACAGCAACAUCGAGAUCAAGGAGACUUUCAAAUACAUCAACACGGUUGUGUCUUGCUUAGUGUUCGUGCUAGGCAUCAUCGGGAACUCCACACUGCUGAGGAUCAUCUACAAGAACAAGUGCAUGCGGAACGGUCCCAACAUCUUGAUCGCUAGCCUGGCUCUUGGAGACCUCCUGCACAUCAUCAUUGACAUCCCCAUCAAUGUCUACAAGCUGCUGGCAGAAGACUGGCCGUUUGGAGUUGAGAUGUGUAAGCUGGUGCCUUUCAUACAGAAGGCCUCCGUGGGAAUCACUGUGCUGAGUCUGUGUGCCCUGAGUAUCGACAGAUAUAGAGCCGUUGCUUCUUGGAGUCGUAUUAAAGGGAUCGGAGUUCCAAAAUGGACAGCAGUAGAAAUUGUUUUAAUUUGGGUGAUCUCCGUGGUUCUGGCUGUCCCUGAAGCCAUAGGUUUUGAUCUGAUUACCAUGAACUACAAAGGGCGUCAUCUACGAAUCUGCAUGCUUCACCCCGUUCAGAAAACAGGCUUCAUGCAGUUUUACAAGACCGCUAAAGACUGGUGGCUCUUCAGCUUCUAUUUCUGCCUGCCAUUGGCCAUCACUGCCUUGUUUUAUACCCUGAUGACCUGUGAGAUGCUGAGGAAGAAGAGUGGCAUGCAGAUUGCUUUAAAUGAUCACUUGAAGCAGAGGCGAGAAGUUGCCAAGACAGUAUUUUGCCUGGUCCUUGUUUUCGCACUCUGUUGGCUUCCCCUUCACCUCAGCAGGAUUUUGAAGCUCACUCUUUAUGAUCAGAAUGAUCCCAAUAGAUGUGACCUUUUGAGCUUUUUGUUGGUGAUGGACUACAUCGGUAUCAACAUGGCCUCCCUGAAUUCCUGCAUUAAUCCAAUCGCUCUGUAUUUGGUGAGCAAAAGAUUCAAGAACUGCUUUAAGUCAUGCUUGUGCUGCUGGUGCCAGUCAUUUGAAGAAAAACAGUCCUUGGAGGAAAAGCAGUCAUGCUUAAAGUUCAAAGCUAAUGAUCACGGAUAUGACAACUUCCGUUCCAGUAAUAAAUACAGCUCAUCUUGAAAGGAGGAGCAUUCACUUAAUCUCAUUUUCUCUUUUGGACAGAAGUCAUUAAAACAAAAUGAUAUGUUUGGAAAAACAAAGCAAAAAACUGGGUUUGCACAAAACCGCAUAAAAAUGUAAGAAGGAUCAUUUUAGCACUCAUAAUUCCACCUGACAUUUUAUGGGCUGUUUAUAGCAUAAGAAGAAGUGGGAGUUAAGGAAGCCUCAUUGUGAAAGCACUUAAUUUUUUACAGUUAGCACUUCCAUAUAGCUCUCAGUAGCUUCCAGUUUAUUCAUACACCACUUACAUUAAAAAAAUGAGCUCACUCAGAAUUCCUGUUGAAGAGGUUUAUUCUUAAAUCGUGUGAAUCUGUAUAAAGAGGAAAUACGAAAUUUUAAAAAUCCUUCAAGAAACGACGUUUCUGCAAACAGAGCUAUAUCAAUGGUCAGGGUGUAAUUAGGUGCAAAGUGUACAAGCAGUUCAACCAGUUUACUUUUUGCACAUUAGUAACAAUGAAAUGAUCAUGAAAAAAUAUUAGAAAGUUAAAUCAAGACUGUUUAUGAAAAUCAUUGCACUCUGCAUUCACAUUCAGAUAAGAUCAAAGAAGCAGAACUAUCACAAAAGACUUCUUUGAACUCUGCCAUUCACAUCCUUUGCAAAGAAAGUGUACUAUCUACAGUUUUGGAGACUAUUAAAAUUUUCUUUCACUCUUAUAGUUUAAACCCUGCUUGUUUAGUUCUGUCAUCUGUAAAUAGUUAGCUGCAUACACUACAUGUAGAUGAUUAAUGAAGGGCAGGUCCCCGUGUUCAUAGCUCUACAACCAAGAGAUGCCAGCGACUCCAUAAAGGACAAAAUGUGAAUUGCCUGGUGCAGUCUUCACAUGGCAAAAGAGCAAGGAGCGUCCUCUCUCACCCAUGGUCUCUAGCAUUUGCAUAUUACAGUUAAAAUACUAUUUUUCAAAUCACAGAACUAACGGGCAAUUUAACAGCAACCUGUAAGGCUUUAUUACUAAUUUUUAUAUUAUUUUUGUAAAUAACGAACAGAAAGGUGUCUGGAAUAGUGUUUUUCUAUCAGUUAGAGGUAAAAUUGCUUCUUAGGACUAGGAAGCAAUCUCUUUAUCCCUUUAAUUUGUGCAUUCCUGCCUAACUUUUUAAUCUCCUCAGCAAAGCGCCUUAGGUUAACUUGGGAUGAAAUGCGUGUGAAAAUAUGUACAAGAGAAACCAGAAGACAGAGGAAAUGAGGUGGGGUGAGAGGAAACCCACGGGGACAGAUUCUCAUUCUUAGCCUGGAGUUCGUCACUGCCUCGUCACAUCAAUGCAAAAGGUCCUGAUUCUGUUCCAGCAAAACACAGCACAGUGUUCUCAGACUGACUUUAGGAACAAAUUAGACCCAAGAGCUUUAACUCUGUCUUAAAAUAUAACACAAUUUCCAGUCUUUUUUUUAUUUCAGUAAACCAGGCCACAUGUUGAAAAUAAGCUAGGAAUGUUGCUUCCUGCCAGAAUCUAAUGUGAUGCUACAGUAAACCAAAACCCAAAAAUGUGGCCAAAAGGAAGGACAACAAUUAAUUCACAUAUCACAUGGAUUCUAUUUACAAAUCACCCCCAGUCUUAUUUAUUAAUUUGUUCCCAAUCUCUCUCUCAAAUGCCUGUCAUCAUAAAAGAUGUUCAGAAUUUUAAUUUUAAGUUAACUUUGGAUCACUAACGUUUUCACAUUUUGUGAAUCCAUCUUUUGCUCCUAUUUAAGUUUUAGAUCACUUAAUUGCCAUGGACUGAGCUUUUACAUUCUAGUACCCUCUUCAUUUACAUUCUAAUCGCUUUCCUUCUUCUUGGCAGAAUCAUGGUCUAUAAUCCCUUGCCAAAUUUUAAACUUGCAUAUAAAAACUAUUCAUGCACUAUUUCUAAUGCAAAUGUGUUCAGUAGCUUUUUAAAAACUGAUUCAAAAUGUUAACAUGAUGAUAAAGGGUGAUUAGAAACAAACAUGAUUUCUUUACAUAUGUAAAACCAAGAUAAGGGGCUGGGGAUUCAGCUCAACGGCACAGCGCCUGCCUGGCAAGCGUGAGAUCGUGAGUUUGAUUCCUGGUACCGGAAAAAAUAAAUAAAUAAAUAAAAUAAAACCAAGAUAAAACAUGUUACCAUUCAACUUAAGAACUAUUUAAUAUAGCAAUAAAAUAGCAUUCACAUGGAUGUUAUGGUUCACAAGAUUUAUAAGUGGUGUUGAUCUGUUUUCUCCUUUGUUACCUGCUACUUGCAUGGGUAUAAGUUCAAACACCUUUUAGUAUCUGAUAGCUUCAAUAUGGCCAAAGCAAUAUAGUUUAUAACAAAACGUGGGGUUUACUGUAGCUAACCUUAUAAAAUUGUAACAUAGCUCUGUACAAAUUAUAUAUUUUGUUCUGCUGUGGUCACUUAAAGUGGCAAUGACUGUAGUCACUGUUUGCUUAUUAGGUAAACAAAAAAUAAAUAUGUAAAUUUUUUUUUUAAAUCCAGCUUCUUUCUCUAUGAAGGCACUAAUGCUUUAAAUCUUGAUUGAUUAAAUGUUUAAGGGAAAUGCAGAUCUUAUAAAUUGGCAUUAUGUUAAAUUUACAAAGAUCCAAGAUAUAUGAAAGCUGUUAAAUUAAAAUACCACAUUUCUGAUCUUC